CCAAAAGCCAAACAUCAAAAUGCCGAAGCUCUUGACCGUAUUUGGAGCCACUGGAAAUCAAGGUGGCUCCAUUAUUGAAGCAGUCCUGUCUGAUGCCACACUUAGAGAAGAGUUCACGAUUCGUGGCAUCACUCGUGAUAUCUCUAAGCCAGCCGCUCGAGCUCUUGCAGCUAGAGGUAUUGAGGUAGUUGCGGCCGAUAUGGAUUCUAAAGACUCAGUGCUACAAGCUGUCACGGGUUCUCAUACUGUUUUCCUCGUGACUACUCCCGACUUCACGGGUGGCGAUAGCAAAGAGCUAGUUCAUGGAAAGAAUGUUACAGACGCAUGCCAGGAAACUGGAGUUCAACACUUGAUUUUCUCAUCAUUGCUUCACGUAACUGACACCACCAACGGCCGUCUCACCCAUGUUCCUCAUUUUGACAUGAAGGCUGAGGUGGAGCGUUAUAUUCGCUCCAAGGAUAUUCCUAGCACCUUUCUCUUGCCCGGCUACUUUAUGAGCAAUUAUACCGCGCUGCAAUUGAUAAGGAAAGGCGACAAUGGAGAGUACACUCUCGCCUAUCCUGUUAGCGACAAGGCUAUGUUCCCUCUCAUCGAUAUAGAGGCUGAUAUGGGUAAAUAUGUUAUUGCUUCAAUUAAGCAGAGAGAAGAUGUCCUGGGCAAGCAAAUUCUUGCCGCAGCUGACUACUAUACGCCGGCGCGUAUGCUUGCAGAAUUUGAAGAGGUUACUGGUGGAAAAACGAAUUUUGUGAAGCUCGAUGCAGACACAUUUAAAAGCUUUUUCCCGUCGCCAAUGGGUGUGGAGAUGCUAGAGAACCACCUCUUCAUUGAGGAGCCGGGCUACUAUGCAGGGAAGAGUCUCAGUGAAAGUCUUGAUCUUUUGAACAAGGUUGGAUUGAAGCCAACUACGUUUAAAGAAUUCCUAGUCAAGAACAAAGCUGCGUUCUAA